CGGCGUGUUCGUCAGGGCGUCGCGGCAGCCACCAACCACUUAAAGUCCGGCGACCUCCGCGCGCUCGAUGCGGUCUUCAGGAAGGCACAUCUGCUCUGUGCUCCUCCGGCACCCGACACCAUUAAGCUGAAGUCAAGGUACCAAGUCUCUUUUUUCGUCAUGAUAGCAAGAAUAAAUUGUUUAACCAUGUCUCCCCACCAAAGGUCAAUCCAUCUCUCUCUCUUCCCCUCAUCCCCCACCCCAAGUUGUUAGUGCACUCAAGUUAAUUUGUAGAUGUCUUUUUCAGCUAGCUCCCCGUAGAAAAUGGCAUUUUUUUGGUCAGUUUUGUGUAGAAACAUGGCAAAUAUAGACUUUUUUACAUUCUGUAACUUGCCAUGACAAUUUAGUCUUCUUUUUUGCCAUGGCAAAUAUAGAUUUUUUUCUUCUCUUUUGUUUUCUAUGAUGGCAAUUUUCACCCAAGUUCACAAUCUAAAAAAUUCAGCAUUUUUUGGCUGUGAGCAUGGCAAAUCUUUUCUUAUUUUUUUACAACAUGGCAAUUUUUUCUUUGUCAUGACAUGGCAAAAAUUCCCUUUCAUUUUGUCAUGGCAAAUUUACUUUGCACAUACAUGGCACAAUUUUCCCUUUUACUCCCUCCGUUCCUAAAUAUAAGUCUUUGUAGAGUUUUCACUAUGGACCACAUACGGAUGUAUAUAGAUGCAUUUUAGAGUGUAGAUUCACUCAUUCUGCUCCGUAUGUGGUCCAUAGUGAAUUCUCUCCAAAGACUUACAUUUAGGAACGGAGGGAGUAUUUGCCAUGCGAUUAUUUACUCAUUUUUGCCAUGUCAAAUUUACCUUUAUUUUUGUCAUGGAAAAUGUUAUCUUUUAUUUGCCAUGCCAAAACUAAGUAAAAUUCAUGGAGCAUGGAAAAUUUAACUUUGUACUUUUGCCAUGUCAACUUUUACUUUUUUUGCCAUGACAAAUUUUUAGCUUCAUUGCCAUGGAAAAUUUACCUUUAAUUACUUGGCAAAUUUACUGUUACAUACAUGGCAAAUUUUACUCUUUUUUGCCAUGUCAAAAAAUUUACUUUUAACUUUGCCGUGGCAAAAUUUUACCUUAAUUGCCAUGGCGACUUUUAUUCGUAAGUACAUGGCAAAUUUACUUGAACAUACAUGUCAAAUUUUAUUCUUUUUUGCCAUGUCAAAAAAUUUACUUUUAAGUUUGCCAUGCCAAAUUUUUACCUUAAUUGCCAUGGCGACUUCUAUUCGUAAGUACAUGGCAAAUUUUCUUGAACAUACAUGGCAAAUUUUACCAUGGAAAAAUUAACCUUUUUAUUUCCAUGGCAAAAUUAACUUUUUAUUGCCAUGGCAAUUUUUAUUUAACAUACAUGGCAAAUUUACUUUUUGUCACUCAUGACACAUUUAAUUUCUAACGGAGCAUGGCAAGUUUGAGUUAUGUUUUUGCCAUGGCAAAAAUACUUUACAUCCACGGCAGAUUUCGACCUUUCCAUCGUUCAUGGUAAUUUUGCUUCUAUAGACUAUGGUACAUUUACUUUACAAAACAUGGCAAUCACCACUACACCAACCAUGUUGCAUUUUUUUUCUGCUCUACAUGAUGGCAAGUUUCAAUCCACUUUUUUGUCUCUUUAUUUAUAUAGUAAAAAUAGCAUACGGAUUUUUAAUCCACAUUUUUUGCCAUCAUGGUAGCCAUUUGCAUAAAAAGAUCUUUUUUUGAACAGGGCAAAUUUUGCUUAUAAAGAUGAUGGCAAUUUUUUUGGCUUCAACCCAUAGUGAUUGUUAGUAGUAUCUUGUUCUUUAUUUUAUAUAUCUAUCGUGCCAAAAUCCGACCUUUAUUAUUCAUAGCCAAAAGCGGGCUUUCUUAGUCACAUUAGCUUUUGGACAAGCUGGGCUUUAUUUUCCUGUUUUUUUUCAACGAAGAAAAAGGCCUGGGGGUGUUCGGGCUGGGCACUUGACGUCCCGAACGACACCGUUCGAUUGAUUGGCUUUCCCGUGACGAACGAGUCGUUCGGUCUGGGAGGUCGGUACUUAUCGAUGUCCUGGCUCUAAGAGACAGCGAGUCUUUCCUUCUUUAGGGGCGAGGGAGGUACAUAAAUCUACAGAAUCCAAAUUAAUUUCCAUGUUGGCACCCGUCUCCGCGAUAAACUCGGCCCAUACGCGCUAGUUCCCAUACAUUUGAUGGAUUUCCGAUCCGACGGACGCACAGGCACAGCCCAUCAAUUCCCGAUCUAAACUUUCCAUAUCCUGGUCGAUCGUUCCUGUCAUAUCUUCCUCCGCACGGGCUCGGCCGGGACUGCCUUUCCUUGCAGCCGACGCCGUUUGGACUCCUGCUCGGAUCCGGUGCCAACUCCACUUCGCCUAUAUAAGGCGGCACGCAGCGGCGGCCUCCCCACACCACCCGCAACGCGUCCACCUUCUCCCUUCCGGCCUCUCGCCACCGCACGCACGCACGCGUCAGCUCCAUCCUCUGCAAGAAAGGCGAUCCAAGCUUGGGGGUGAUGAUGCCGACGUCGGGCAACGACGCCGGCGCCUGCGACGGUGACGGCUCGCCGCACGGGGUCAAGAAGAUGUGGACCAAGGAGGAGGACGACCUGCUGCGGGAGCAGGUGCGGCGCUGCGGCGGCCCGCACAACUGGGACUCCAUCUGCCGAGGGCUGCCCGGCCGCAACUCCAAGUCGUGCCGCCUCCGCUGGUGCCAGCACCUCGACCCCAGGGUGGAGGCCGUCAAGCCCUUCACCAUCCAGGAGGACAUGCUCAUCGUCAAGUACCAGGCCACCUACGGCAACCGCUGGUCCACCAUCGCCGAUUUCCUCUCCGGCCGCACCGACAAUGCCGUCAAGAAUCGCUGGAACUCUGUCCUCCGCAAGCGCCAGGAGCACGCCCCCUCCCAACAGGGCCAGACGCGCCCGUGGGCUCCUUCCGCUGCCCGACAGGCCGCGGGGCCCGAGGUCACGCCGCGGUGCCUGCCGCUGUUCCCUGGUUCGGCCGAGGAGGUGUCGGAGGCUGACACAUCUGCGGCGGCGAGGAAGUGCCUCGACCUGUUCCCUCUGGCGCCCGGGGAUAUCAGGGCCGAUGUGGAUGCAGCGGCGCCGCCCAGUGACAUGGCUUGCGGAGCAGGCGACCCGCUCACCGAGCUGAGGCUCUGGCCGGCGCCGAGAGUGGUGUUCGACGUAAUGCCGCUCCAGGCUUACCGGAUGUAGAUUCUAGUCUUCUUGCCUAUACUUGGUUGUUCUCUCAUCUUACUUUUUGCUGAUCGCGGGGAAUUUUCCUAGUGGAAUUUAAUUUGAUUUGUAAUGGAAGAAUGUUGUUAGGACUCAAUUGUAACGGAAGAUCUGUGGAUCUUGGUAUCAACAGAACGCUGGAUUUUCUGUAGUCGUAGUGCUUGCUGGUUAGGUAAUCAAGAAAGUUCUGAACUUAGUGUAAUUCUUUGUGCUUCUUGAUGAUCAAGAAAAUUCUGAAUGUCUUGUAAUUUCCAUGACCAUCGUAAUCAACAAAUCAAUCUUUAGCAA